GGCUUGUUUCUAGGCAACACGGAAAGCCUUCCUGUUCGACUGUAACACAUUGCAGGGUAUAAAGAUGGUGCCAGUGGAGCAACUCCACCUCAGUCACGUCUUACAAACAGUGUCUGCACUGGAGUCCAUCGUCCUUCGCAGUUUUGGACCUGAAGGAGGACAGGUGCUGUUCACUAGAGAUACAGGACAAGUGAUGUUGAGCCGAAACGGAAAACGCAUCCUCACUGCGCUACAUCUGGACCACCCACUGGCCAGGAUGGUGGUGAGGUGCGUCUGGAAGCACAGCACAAUAACGGGCGAUGGAUCCAAAACCUUUGUUCUUCUGCUUGCAUCAUUACUGCGAAUUAUUCAUGCAACAGCCACUAAGGAGCCUCAUAUGUUUCAGCCUCAUAACUCCACAGAAGCAGCAGAAGCUGCCACUGCCAGGCACUUGGCUGACAGACUGCUAGAAUUUGCGCUGACUGAGUUGGAUGAACUCAUUGUGCUGAAUGUGCUGCCACAUGGAUUCUGUGUUUCAUUAGAUAAUUUCACAGCGGAAACACAACAUAAUCUCAGUUGUCAAACUCUUCUGGUAUCGUUUUUUCGCACACGCCUGGGCUAUGCGUAUUGUGACUUUUUCCGCAACCUCUUCUGUGAACUGCUCAGUCAUUGGAAGGUAAAAGAUGACCGACCCUCAUUCUCCAUUCAAUUUUUAAACAACAGCUUCCCGGCACUGCAUACCCAAGUGUCAGGCGUCCCUGUCAGCUGCUCACGUUUGAUUGAGGGGCAGGUGAUUCACAGAGACUUUGCUACGCCUUGCCCCCAAGUAAGAAAGCAGCCACUCAAAGCUGUAGUUUUCAAUGGAUACCUGCAGCCGAAAUUACUCGCCACACAAGAUGUACUUGAGUUGCGUUGUGGAGACAAAGUGACAGAGGACAGGGGUAUUGUACACUUUAGCUCUUGGACAGAAAGGUCAGUGGAGAGCAUAAUUGCAACUCUGCAGAGUUUUGGUGUCUCUGUCCUUUUGUGUGCACUGAAACAGUCCUCUGCUGUCCUGGCUGCAGCAACACAGGCAGGGAUGUGCCUUGUGGAGUGUGUCAGUGACGAAGAGAUUUCUCUGUUUACGCAGCUAAGUGGGGUAACGCCCAUCUCAGACUGCUGGAGGAUUCAUCCAGAGCAUAUUGCAACACUGACUUUCUGUAAACCAUUACUGCUUGGGGCCCACAGAAACGUUCAUUUGGACUUCCAUGAUUGUGAAGAAAGACUCAAAGUUAAACCUUGUAGCCUGGUGAUUUGUGCCCCAAGCGAAGCUCAAGCUGAUCAGCAUGCAUGUGCAUUUCAAGACGCCUUUCGAAUGCUACUGACAGCAUUGGAGCCCGUGUGCAAGACUCAGACGGCUCUAGAGGAAACCAUCCCAUCAAAAAAAUGCACGUCUUUACAUGCAGACAAUAUAAGUGAUGAAACUGCAUGCAGAGUGCAUCCUCAUCAGAAAUGUGUGACAGAGACGGGUUGUGUAAUAUCUGCAGGUGGGACAUUUGAGUUUCUGCUGCACCAUGCCCUUCAUCAAUAUGGCCACAGUUGCUCAGUUUCUGUUAACACAAGUGCAGUUGUUCCAGUUUCCCAGCUCUUGGCUAAGGCCCUGUUGAGCGUACCCCGGCAGAUUUAUUCUCACAACCUAAAACAUUUCCUUCAGGCACAAACCAGGGUCAUGGCUUUAAUUCCAAAACAACCCCACGCCCUCUGCGCAAACUUCAUACACACUGAAGGUCCUCUUGGAGAUGGUAAACUAAGCUCUUGUAAAAAGGGUAACAUAUCAUUAAAGUUUUUGGACUUGGGCCUUGAAUCUGUCUCUUGUAAGUAUCAGCUGGUUCUGGCUGUGCUGCAGUGUCUCACAAAUCUGCUCCAAACGAACAUGGUGCUGCGGACACACACUGUAUUACACACCAAGUCCCACGAUUCCCUGAAUGCUCACUUGGAAAGCUCAGAGGACGAGGAUGAAGACUGAAGUUGUGUUGCUCCAACAGGAAACCAGAAAUGUACUUUUUAUGGCAACAUUCAGAAAAAAACAUCUGAUUUUUGAUAAAAUAAUUGCACUGUAAUUUUUUCCAAUGUGUUUUUUCUUGAUAGUUCAUUGCAGUGUUGUCAGACUAUAAUGCUUUUGAUCUGUGGAAAUAUAUUGCAUGUAAAUGAAAACAUAAGAGAGAAUUCUAUUUAUAGGCAAACAUUUGAACUGAGAUAAGGUUUUGUCAAGUAAAUAAAAUAAGGAAAAAUCUUGGAAUUGCACAGAAUAAAGUGACAUAGAAAUGUA